AUGCAGCCAGAGGCGGCGAACAAGGAGACCCCGUUGUAUACGGAAAACGCCUUGAGCCAGCGGCAGGUGGAGAAGCGGAAACAUGAGAAAAAGCUGCAGACACAACGGGUGGCAUGGAGGAAUAAGAGUGAAUCCAUUAGUAAUCGACCGCGCGAUAUCCCACCGGUUUGGAAUACGGCGCUGGAGACAGAGAUCAGACAGCGGUGUCAACCGGGAUUUUUCGUCCCUUGCCACUACAUGCGGCCAAUCCAGCAGUACAUGGAACUGUACCAGCGAAACGCCGCGGAGUGGCAACGAAACGUGGACGUCGGUCACGGAGGUAAUCAUACCACGGAGGAAGACAUGACUAAAGCCGCCACGGAGGCCCCAGACCUUGCUUCAGCAGCAGGUUUGGGCGUAUGGGAAUACGGUGACUUGUCGCAAUGCGCCCCAUAUGACGACGUGGAGUUCCCGGAAGUUUCGCAGGCAUUGUGCGACCGUACAGAAGUGCCGUUUCGAAGCCAUUGCGCAUAUAGCAGACCGGAGUACUGGCCUGUUGACAGCGUAUACGGGCGAGGCCACUUUGAGAUCCUGGAUGUGGAAGCCGGUCUUAAGAAGAAAAUGCUGCGGCGAGCCACAGCUCGAAUACUCGAGGGCAACGACGGCCGACGGGAAUCGCCAGGCCGGCGGGGCGCCCCUGUGAGAAGCUCCACCACAGCCGGUGGCGACUCACCGGCGUUGCAUGCCGGCUAUGCGAGCCCUCCCGUUAAGGGGCUGUCGAGUCCCUUCUUCUUCGCCGGUGGUGACUCAGCGUUCCCUAGUCCGCGGCUAAAGCAUAGGAAAGGCCUCUCAUCCGCAGAUCCAAGCACUGCGAUAAACAUUUCCAAAGCCAUGCGAAGCCCUUCCAGUUCGCCAGCGCCACGCACACGUGCUGGCGACGUGAACGGCGAGCUUAUCGACCCCUCGUCUCCGCUCGAGAAGAACAUCGAGUCGCAGUACCUGCAGAUGGAACUGUAUGAAAAAGGAUACGGGCGAAAGGUGAUGGAAGAGGUUCUUCGAUCUCCUCCACGGGCUGCGGAAAACAAGGCGAAGGGAGAACAGGCGGCAAAACCCUGUCCACCUUCGAAAAAGAGUCCUCCACGUCCGACGGCCGGAGAGCCAGCUUCCGUCGUUCCCCGCAGGGCGGACAGCGGUCCAACUAAUACUUGUGGAACUGUUCCCCAAGGCAGCCGGGCAGGACCGGCACCUGUGCGUUCCUCUGAAGGGGGGGAGCGGGCGGACGGCGCGAGAGGAGAUGCGCCUCCGGCGGUCGCCAAGAAGCUCGUGCGAUCUCCAUCAUCCAUCCCGCUCGUCCUCAGAGGACCGGGGUCUGAAAAAGCCACUUUGAAGAUAUUGAGCCAGCUCAGUACAACGUGA